CGGAUCACGGGCGUCAUGUUUUGGUUUGCCACUGUAGUUGUUUGCUUCAUGCUGGCCGUUGUAGAUGGCCAGGAAAUACUUCAAAACCCCGACUUUGAAUCCUUGGAUAACUGGGCGUGUUAUCACAUAAAAUGUACCUUAUCAACUGACAAGCACUCCGGCAAACAUGCAAUGAAAGCUGCAGAAAGACACAACUAUUACCAAGGACCCUUGCAAAUUGUCAAUGUGAAAGAAGGUCACGUGUACAACAUGGAGGCCUGGAUAAAACUCCUGAACGACAACGGAAAGUCUCAACAUGUCCAGAUUGAGAUGGCUUAUAUCCUUAACAACGGUCACAUUAAUUACGUGGCAGUGGCUUAUCGUAACCCGGUCACUUCUCAUUCCGGAUGGAUUCAUCUGAAAGGCCAACUGGUCGUACCCAAAGGUCUGAAGGAGAGCCGAGUGUACUUCCAAGGUCCUGACCCGGGCAUAGACUUCCUGGUGGACGCCGCUUCCAUGACGGAACUACACUUAAACUCUGACAACUGGAAACCUGAGGCUAACGCACGUAUAGACCAAUACAGAAAGAGCAACAUUCAUAUCAAAGUGACAACAGAUGCUGGAGUCAACAAAAACUCGGUUUCUAUUGAUGUUUCUCAGAAGACUCAUGCGUUUGCUUUCGGAACCGCUGUGGUUGCCAAAGUCAUCAACAACAACAAUGGCGGCUCAGACCAUAAAUAUCGUCAGUUUAUCUACGACAACUUCAACUGGGCAGUGGCGGAAAAUGCUCUGAAAUGGCAUCAGUUGGAACCAAACCGUGGACAUAUAGAUUACGCAACAGGGGAAAAGGCAAUCAAAAUACUGAGGAGUCAUGGACUAAAGGUUCGUGGUCACAAUCUCAUAUGGAAUGGUGCUCAUCAUCUUCCCUCCUGGGUCACCAAACUACCACAUGAUGAACAAAACAGCGUCGUGCAGAAGCACAUACACGACACAGUUCUACGAUACAAAGGCCUAGUGGAGCAUUGGGACGUUAACAAUGAGAUGCUUCACGGGGACUAUUUUGAGAACACGUUUCACGACCCGGAUUACACCAAGAAAGUUUUUAAAACAGUCCAUCAGCUUGACCCCAGUGUAACCUUAUUCCUAAACGACUACAACGUAGUGGCAUCCGGUGGAAGUACCAACGAUUACCUGGCUCAGGCUAAAGAUUACAAGGCGUCACACACCCACGUCGGGGGGCUUGGAGUUCAGUGUCAUUUCAAUAAUCAACCGGUGCCAGCUCUGAUCAAGGAAAGACUGGAUACUCUCUCGCAGGCGGGAUUGCCCAUCUGGGCGACCGAGCUGGACGUGAAGACGGACAAUGAGCACGAGCGGGCGGAUUGGUACGACAUCGCUUAUCGGAUGUUGUUCUCGCAUCCGUCGGUUGAGGGCAUCCUGGUUUGGGGAUUCUGGAGUCAACAUCAUUGGCGCGGAGAGGCUGCAGCUUUUGUCUCGGGGCCAGAAUUUAAGGUUAACGCAGCUGGCCAACACUACCUGAACCUGGUGAACAAAGAGUGGAGAACUGAAAACUCUCAUCCCCUUUCCAAGGGCACUGAUUUCACGUUCAGAGGUUUCCGAGGUCAUUACGAGGUGAAGGUGAAGGUCAACGGGAAGACAGUGCGGACGACUUCUUUUGACCUCGGCAAGAAUGACCAUAGUUUGAGCUUGCAUGUCAGCCACGAUUAACAUCAGAUAAUAAACCUG